AGAAGAAAUGGCCCUGGUACCCUAUGAGGAAAGUAUGACGAUAGGGCUCCAGAAAUUCCAUAAGCCUCUUGCCACCUUCUCUUUUGCAAACCACAUCAUCCAGAUCCAUCAGGACUGGAGGCAACUGGGAGUCGCAGCAGUGGUUUGGGACGCGGCCAUCGUCCUUUCCACAUAUCUGGAGAUGGGUGCUGUGGAGCUCAGGGGCUGCUCUGCUGUGGAACUGGGUGCUGGCACAGGGCUUGUGGGCAUAGUGGCUGCCCUUCUGGGUGCUCAUGUGACUAUCACGGAUCGACAAGUAGCAUUAGAGUUUCUUAAGUCAAAUGUUGAAGCCAACCUACCUCCCCAUAUCCAACCCAAAGUUGUUGUUAAGGAGCUGACUUGGGGACAAAAUUUGGAAAGUUUUUCGCCUGGAGAAUUUGAUCUCAUACUUGGUGCUGAUAUCAUUUACUUAGAAGAUACCUUCACAGAUCUUCUUCAAACACUGGGACAUCUCUGUAGCAGCCGCUCUGUGAUUCUUUUAGCUUGCAGAAUUCGCUAUGAACGGGACAAUAACUUCUUAAUGAUGCUGGAGAGGCAGUUUACUGUGAGUAAGGUCCACUAUGAUCCUGAGAAGGAUGUACAUAUUUACAAAGCACAAAAGAGAGACCAGAGGGAGGACUUAUAGUGGACAUUGUUUUCUAAGAAUGGAAUGUGUCAAUUAAGGUCUUGCCACCAGAAUUUCCAUGUUAAUGUGAUGGCAGACUGCAAGUCGGUCCAGCCAGAGCUGCUCAAGGAACAGAGCACUUGUGCUCAUUGAAGACAAAUUCAUACCUUGAGCCAUUGCUGUCAUGACUGGCUCACUGCUGAGCAGUAAAUGUACAUGUGAGGUGUGGCUGGUGUUCUUUCCUUAGCCAUUGUGCCUACUUGGUAAGCAGUUUGCACUGACAAUCUGAAAAGAAUGGUGUAGAGGUGUUUUUAAACUGGUGAGAUUCAGCCAUACAUUCUGGGCUGUAUGUUUGUCUCAGUUUUCUUGUCUGCUGGGUGUAAAUGGGGUUUACUGCAUAUAUCCCUGAAAUGUUUGUGCUGUCUUGAAGUCUGUUAAUUUUUUUGUGAGAUAAGGCCUUACUCUGUAGACCAGGCUGACCUCAACUUGCAGUGAUUCUCCUGCCUCUACCUCUGAGUGCUGAGAUUACACCUGUGUGUCACAACACCUGGCUCCUUGAGAUGAGGAUGAGAUUUCUGGUUCUCAUAUGACACCCUUUUACCAGAUUUCAGGGGGUAUAUAAGCAAAGGAAUAAAGAAAAAUACAUUUUUACAUUUAAAAUUACAUAUAAUUAUGGGCUGGGCUGAAAUUUUCUUCCACGAUGAUGCUUUGUUUCAGCUUUGCUGUUUCUCACUGUUGCUGUAUUUGUUUCUUGGGUGGCUUUUUUCCCUGCCUUUUAAUAUGUUAGUUUUUUAAAGUUAACUUUAAUUUCUUCAUAAAGCUUAGCUCCCAAGGUACAAACCCUUAAUUGUACCUAUAAUCACUCCUUGGAUCUCAGGAUCCCUGGUGGGCUGCAAGCUGCUGGGAGGCCUUUCUCAUUUUCCUUCCCUAGUAUCUAGUAAAAAGCAUAUAACCAAGUGAUUGGGUAAAUUCCAUUUAGAGGUCACUAAUGUUUUGUGGUGCUAGGGAUCAAACCCAGGGUUGUGCCCACAGUGGGCAAUACCAACCCCAAGUUAAUACAUCCCUAGCAGGAAUUGUUGGCUUUUGAGUUUUCUCUGUGUAGACUUUAUGAAUAAAGUUAUCAAUACAAGCUUUUAUUAUUAUUACUAUUAUUUGGCUUUAUAGACCAGGUUUCUCUGUGUAACAACCCUAGCUGUUCUAGAACUAGCUCUGUAGACCAGGCUGGCUUCGAACUUACAGAG